CCAUGGGGAACACGCUGACCUGUUGCGUGUCCCCCAAUGCCAGCCCCAAGCUGGGCCGGGCCACGGGGCCGGCGGAGCCGGACUACGAGUCUGAGAUCUACAAGGCGGCGGCCGGGGACGCCGUGGCCGUAGCGCCGGCACCCGCUGCCGUGGAGCCCGCGGAGUUGGAUUUCGGAGCGGGCGAGGGCCACCACCUGCAGCACAUCAGCGACAGGGAGAUGCCUGAAGACCUAGCUUUGGAAUCAAACCCUUCUGACCAUCCAAGAGCAAGCACAAUUUUCCUGAGCAAAUCUCAAACGGAUGUGCGAGAAAAGAGGAAGAGCAACCAUUUAAACCAUGUAUCUCCAGGGCAUCUUACUAAAAAGUAUAGCUCAUGCUCAACAAUAUUUCUAGAUGACAGCACAGUCAGCCAGCCUAAUCUUAGAACCACAAUAAAAUGUGUGACCUUAGCAAUAUAUUACCACAUAAAGAACAGAGAUGCAAAUAGAUCCCUGGAUAUUUUUGAUGAGAGAUCACAUCCACUCACACGAGAAAAGGUUCCAGAGGAAUACUUUAAGCAUGAUCCUGAACACAAAUUUAUUUACAGAUUUGUUCGUACUCUUUUUAGUGCUGCACAGCUAACAGCUGAAUGUGCAAUAGUAACUUUGGUUUACUUAGAAAGGCUUUUAACUUAUGCUGAGAUCGACAUUUGUCCCACUAACUGGAAAAGAAUUGUAUUGGGAGCCAUUCUUCUUGCCUCCAAGGUUUGGGACGAUCAGGCUGUCUGGAAUGUGGACUACUGCCAGAUCCUCAAGGACAUUACAGUUGAGGACAUGAAUGAGAUGGAAAGACAUUUUUUGGAGCUACUUCAGUUUAAUAUUAAUGUUCCUGCCAGUGUUUAUGCCAAAUACUACUUUGACCUUCGCUCUUUGGCGGAUGACAACAACCUGAAUUUUCUGUUUGCUCCACUCAGCAAAGAAAGAGCACAGAACCUGGAGGCCAUUUCCAGAUUGUGUGAAGACAAAUACAAAGACUUGUGUCGAGCUGCUAUGAGAAGAUCUUUCAGCGCUGAUAAUUUCAUUGGUGUUCAGCGCUCUAAUGCCAUCCUCUCUUAGAGAGAGAAGUGAGGGGCCAUAACAUCGUGAACCCCUCAUCUGCAAAGACUGGAGAAAUAGCACCUCUCCUGCUCAAAAACCAGCAACGUUAGUAUUUUCACCAAAAGGAAAGACCUUGAAUUCAAGAGACUCAUGGACAACAAAAAUUACACUCCAUAGGAAAGAAUGGGACCUUGUCAAUGCAACAACACACUCUUCUGUCCUUUUUAAUGUAAACAGAGUUACAAAAACCACUCCAAAGCGAAAGCUCCCAACCCACACAGGUAUUAGCUUACUAUGUAGGCUAACAGCUGUGAACUUUGUGAGGUUUUUUAAUUAAUAAUUUAAAAUUUUUAGACUUUAAAGACACUAACCAUAUAACUUUCGUUUUCCCUAUUUUUCUUGGCCCUCUCCACCCUGAUAUUGCUGCAUUAUGCCUUUAGAAUCAAUGCAGUAUUGUUAAAACAUGGGAUUCUAACAACUCAUAAAGCCACUUAGGAACAGGCUGUAGCAUUGUUAGAUAUUGAAGGGUUUUUCCUUCUUACUGUAUCACUGAAGCUGCUAGUCAUUAUUGGCAAUCAUUUCAAACCAAAAAGCUGCUGGAUAACGCUUGUCAUUCCUAUUCUUUGCAAGCACUGCGUACUAGCAUUUUAGCGAGUCUGUGGUCAUAAACAGAGGAAGUAUCAGUUACCGAUGAUCUACUCCUGUGGGUCUAUGCUGCAUUUCUUGUGAACUAUAAUGGUGCUUCUCAUUUUUUUAAACAACUUUCCUCUUUUAUUUGUUAAAUAAAUGUAUUAAAACAGAUAUUUUCAUAAUGCCAACCAACACGGUGGUCCAGUGAUAGUGAGCAGAGAGCCACAAGGUGUCCCAAAGUUGUAGUCCAGUUUUUGCCUUGAUACAGUGUGCUUGGGCCCUCCAGUGUUACGGCAACAGAAGUCUAAAUGCUACAGACCUUGAACCAUCAUUUGCAAAUUUAAUUACGUGUAAUUUAAACUUACUUGGUUUUGUACAUUUUUAAUAUUAAGCUUUUAAUUUUUUGUUUCAGUCCCUCUGAAGUUGGCAAACAUUGACUGAAAGAAAAAAUUAAAAGCUUAAUAUUCAUAACUUACAACACUAAGUAAGCUUAAAAGAAAUGCAACUAAACUUGCAAAUGAUGUCUUGUAAGUCUGUAGCAUUUACACUUCUGCAAGUAUCAAAGCUCAACAUUACACUUAGACUUUUGGGAUGUUUAGUACCUCCACAGAAGUGCCCUCCUCUUUUUGAAGUAGUACUUUGCAGGGCUGUGCUGUUUAUCUGCUUUGAUCGCCUAAGUUUCUUUUCUCUCAACUCGGUGAAGGAAGAUUAUGAAGAGCAGUGUUAAUUCACAUGUAAUAAGUUAAAAAGAAUCGGACCCUAAGAGCAGUAGAUGAUAUGAAACAGCCUUAUAUGCGUUAACCUGGCUAAAGGUGUCCCAUUUCAUGUCCUGCUAUUUAUGAAGGAACUCACAACAACUUUAGCAACCCCUACUUUAGACUUUAAAGGACAGGGACUAAGUAAUCUUAGUGUUCUUGAGUAAGAAAUCUCUUUCUCCUACCUUCUCAGAUGUAACCCUAGGAGUAUUGCCUGUAAACAAAGCAUUUCUGGGCCAGGAAUACUUUCUCUCAAUAUAGCAAUGCUUCAUAUUGAGUGCUGCAGAUUCUGUCAUUUUUAAAGGACAGAGACAUAAAUGAUAAAUAAUGAUAUAUAAAAUAUUACAAUCUACCACCUCAAAAAACAAACACAUUGUUAUGGAGUUCAGAGCUUGGAGAUUCAAGUAUUGAUUGCAGUUUUAUUUUGAAAAGAAUGCUACAACUUACGUGGUUUUUCUUUCUCAUGUUUAUAUUAAAAGAAAGCUA